AGUCUUCCUUUCCUCUCUCAGGAGGUAUUGCUCAGAGGUCUCUGCUAACACUGUACUUUGCUAGGGAGAAAAUCCUGCUUCCUGCCUUUGAAAGAAUUAAAGAACAAAACAACGCAGAAUAAUCACCCAAGACGAAAACUACUUGCUUCCCUCUGUGCUUGGCAACCUGCACUGGUUCCAGCCUAGGCAGAGCUGUGCCUGGAGGACUAAGCAGCUGUGCUGACCAUGAGCGAGCAGAGCCACGUCAACAGCCUGUUCCUCAACGAGGAUGCAGCCAAGCGGCUCCACACCAACAGCCGGGUGCAGCGGUUCCAGCAGGCUGUGCACAAGCGGGCGGCGCGGGCCAAGAAGCGGAUGCACAGCAUCACUGCUGAGAGUGCUAAAAGCUUCUUCAGGAGAAAUGCCUUCGUCCUCUUCACCAUUGCUGCGGUCCUACUAGGAAUUAUCCUGGCCUUCUCCCUCCGGCCCUACCAGCUGACCUAUCGCCAGAUCAAGUAUUUCUCCUUCCCUGGUGAGCUGCUGAUGCGGAUGCUCCAGAUGCUGGUUCUUCCUCUCAUUGUCUCUAGCUUGAUUACAGGAAUGGCCUCACUGGACAGCAGAGUCUCAGGGAAGAUGGGGAUGCGGGCUAUCAUCUACUACAUGGUGACCACAAUCAUAGCUGUCUUCAUUGGCAUCUUCAUGGUGAUCAUCAUACACCCAGGAAAAGGAUCUAAGGACAAACUUCACAGAGAAGGCAGAAUUGAGCAGGUGCAGACUACAGAUGCCUUCAUGGACUUGGUGAGGAAUAUGUUCCCACCCAACCUGGUAGAAGCCUGCUUCAAACAGUACAAGACUCAGUACAGCACCAGGGUCUUCACCAGAACCAUCCUCCACAACAGCAAUGCCACAGCAGGUGUGGUAACCACUCAGAUCCCUGUGCCUGAGAAUUUCACCAGCAUCAUGGAGAAUGUCACUCAUGCCCUGGGAACCAUCUCCGAGGUGCUGACCUUUGAAGAAGUUAUUCCCAUCCCAGGCUCAGCCAAUGGGGUGAACGCGCUGGGGCUGGUAGUGUUCUCCAUGUGCUUCGGUUUGAUGAUCGGCAGCAUGAAGCAGAAGGGACGGGCCCUGCGGGAGUUCUUUAACUGCCUCAACGAAGCCAUCAUGAGGCUGGUGGCCAUUAUCAUCUGGUAUGCUCCAGUUGGGAUCAUGUUUUUAAUUGCGGGCAAAAUCCUGGAGAUGGAUGACCUAGCAGUGAUGGGAGGCCAGCUGGGGAUGUACACACUCACUGUCAUCGUUGGACUCCUCAUUCAUGCCCUUUGCAUCCUGCCUCUGCUCUACUUCAUUGUCACUCACCGAAACCCCUGGGUGUUCAUUGCAGGGCUCCUGCAGGCUCUCAUCACAGCCCUGGGCACCUCCUCCAGCUCAGCGACUCUGCCCAUAACCUUCAGGUGCCUGGAAGAAAACAAUGGUGUGGACAGGCGCAUCACAAGGUUUGUGCUGCCUGUGGGAGCCACAAUUAACAUGGACGGCACUGCUCUGUACGAGGCCCUUGCAGCCAUCUUCAUUGCACAAGUCAACAACUAUGAACUUGACUUUGGGCAAAUCAUCACAAUAAGCAUCACUGCCACAGCAGCCAGCAUCGGAGCCGCAGGUAUUCCCCAGGCAGGACUUGUGACAAUGGUUAUAGUGCUGACAUCAGUGGGGCUGCCUACUGAAGACAUUACACUGAUCAUCGCUGUGGACUGGUUUCUAGACCGCCUUAGAACGACUACAAACGUCCUGGGGGAUUCUCUGGGGGCUGGCAUUGUGGAGCAUCUCUCCCGGCAUGAGCUGGAUGCGCAAGACUGCGAACUUGACUAAACAGAUCCUGUAUGUAUCACAGACUACUUGUCCAACUUUUCAAGAAAACAUUGAAUUCUAAUCUUGAAGUGACUUCCUGUAUAAAAAGGGCAAACUGAAGGAUGAAUCAGAAGAUUGGAUUCUAGCUCAAAUGGGAAUGAAUUCUGGGAAGUCCUAUGGCUUGGGUUACACAGAUUAGAUGGUCAUAAGGGUCCCUUCUGGCUUUAUAAUAUAUGCACGUGCUUUCUGGCUUAGAGAUAUCACAAAGGGUUUUUCCAACCCAAUAAUUUCUAAAAGCUAUCUGAAACAAUUCUAAUGAUAACCCUUUAAUAAAAUUCAGCAGGAGUCUA